AUGGCCACCCAGACAGAUGAACUCCCAAGUUCAACUCCGCUCCCUGAUGUAGCUGUCCGUGACCAGCCGCCCUGCGCAGCAUGCAGGUUUUUGCGCCGGAAAUGCACUCAGGAAUGCAUCUUUGCGCCCUACUUUCCUCAGCAGGAGCGGGAGAAGUUUGUCCUCUUGCACAAGAUCUACGGGGCUCAUAACAUUGGGAAGUUCCUCAGUAGAGUGCCUGUUGCCGACCGGACCAACACAGUCAAGAGUCUCACAUAUGAAGCUGAAGCAAGUCCUGUGCACUUCCAUUCAGAUCUGGCUGAAGAGUACCUGAUUGUGUUCCACUUCCUGCAACAUUGCAGGACUAUAGACCCAGUGUACGGGUGCGUCGCUGCAGUUGCCCUUUUGCAACAGCAGAUAGUUACUUUACAGUCCCAGUUGAGCGGCACAAGAGCACGUGUCCAAGCGUUGGAGCGCAUCAGGCUUUCCUUGAUGCAAGACCAGACGACGCGAGCAGACCUCCGGUCACGAAGGAAACGGAAGAGUGUGGUACCUAUGGAGUACCACACUUUUGUACAAUCCAACUGCAUCGAGAUUCCGGAGAGGUCCGAGCUGCUUAGCCAGGAAACGAAAAGGGCGCGCCACAACGACUACGAUCCGAUCACCCCCACUAGCGCUCUGUGCUCCGAGAUCUUCGAUCCGGACAUCAAGCCGCUGAGCAAGACAUGGGACGUGCCUGCUUGCGAAGGAGACCCCGCCCAAGUGUUCUUCGCCAGCUUCGACCUCGAGACCUCCGAGUCGCUCUUCGAAACCUCGAGCCAGCUGGACUGGGAUCAGUUUGAGGUCCCGCCUAACAGCGUCAAAGCCCGUUGCUUCUGAAGGGCCGGCAAGGCCCUGCGCUCGGAAGCAAGUCAAAGGGAGCUCAGCAUGCUGCCUGCUAAUUAAUUGCGGGAAGCCAAACUAGAAGGAUCACUUUUCAGCCCUCUGCUUUUGGAGAAGCUUCCUGGGGGUAGUCGGCAAAGUCGACCCAUUCUUGAUGGCCAAAUUGGCCCGAUUCUUUGC